AUGAUCUCAGAAUCAAUGAAAUGUGACAGGGCAGCCCGGGUAGAAAAUAAGCAGAUCCUAGUACUAGGUCUGGAUGGAGCAGGAAAGACCAGUGUCCUCCACUUGCUGGCUUCCAACACAGUCCAGCACAGUACGGCUCCUACCCAAGGUUUUAAUGCAGUUCAUAUCAACUCUGAAGAUAAGCAAAUGGAGUUCCUGGAGAUUGGUGGCAGUGAGCCAUUCCGCUCCUACUGGGAAAUGUACCUCCCCAAGGGGUGGCUGCUGAUCUUUGUGGUAGAUUCAGCUGAUCACAAACGAUUACCUGAAGCCAAGAAAUACCUUCAUCAGCUAAUUAAUCCAAAUCCAGGGCUCCCUCUUGUUGUGUUUGCCAACAAACAGGAUCUUGAAGCAGCUUAUCACAUUACAGAUAUCCACGACGCUUUGGCUCUGUCUGAAGUGGGGAACGACAGAAAGUUGUUCUUGUUUGGAACUCAGGUGACCAAGAAUGGUUCGGAGAUACCCUCCACCAUGCAAGAUGCCAAAGACCUGAUUACACAUCUGGCCACAGAUAUGUAG